UCUAAAAGAUGAGCGGUGUUUUAUUAAAGUUCUUAGCUUUGGCGCUCUGUAUCAGCGCGCACAGGCUCUUGGCAGUCCCCCGGACUGAGGAGGAUGAUGGAUCCGGUGACAGCGCCUCGACCCUGGCCUUUGUGUUCGAUGUUACCGGCUCCAUGUACGACGAUCUGAAACAGGUGAUAGAGGGAGCCUCGCGGAUCCUGGAGAAGACCCUCAACCGGAGAACCAGACCCAUCAAAAACUUUGUCCUGGUACCCUUCCAUGACCCAGAUAUCGGCCCUGUGUCCAUUACCACCGACCCAAGGAAGUUCCAGCAGGAUCUCCAAGAGCUGUUUGUCCAGGGUGGAGGCGACUGCCCCGAGAUGAGUAUCGGAGCCAUAAAGAAAGCCUUGGAGGUUUCCCUGCCUGGAUCCUUCAUCUACGUCUUCACUGACGCCAGAGCCAAAGACUACCGGCUGAAAAGAGACGUGCUGCAGCUGGUGCAGCUCCGCCAAUCACAGGUGGUAUUUGUGCUGACCGGGGACUGCGGGGACCGCUCUCAGCCUGGCUACAGGGCGUAUGAGGAGAUUGCCGCCACCUCCUCCGGACAGAUUUUUCACCUGGACAAGCAGCAGGUCAACGAGGUUUUAAAGUGGGUAGAAGAGACAGUCCAGGCCAUGAAGGUCCACCUGCUAUCCUCCAACCAUGACAGCGCCCAGGAGAAUAAGUGGGAAGUGCCCUUUGACCCCAGCCUGCGAGAGGUCACCGUGUCGCUCAGUGGACCAGCACCGCAAAUCGAGCUCAGCGACCCUCUCGGUCGUGUAGUUGGAGAAGCGCAGGGCCUUAAAGAGCUCCUAAAUAUUCCCAACUCUGCUCGGGUUGUCAAUCUGAAGUUUCCCAGACCUGGGGCUUGGAAACUGAAGGUGAGCUGCAGUGGGCGCCAUACUCUGAGAGUCACAGGAGUCAGCAAUCUCGACUUCCGGGCUGGAUUUUCCAGCGUACCUGUCUUUGAGUUCAACCACACCAGAGAGAGACCGAUAAAAGGACUUCCAGCCCAUGUUUUGCUGAAAUGCGCGGGCCUGAAGCCUCCGGGUCAGCUGAGCCACGCUGAGCUCAUGUCAGGCUCAGGCCGCUCCUUACGUACAAUCCCCGUGCCUCUGCCCUCCGACCUCGGCCAACAAGGACUGUGGAGUCUCCCGGAGUUCCGCACCCCCUCCCAGAGCUUCUUCAUCAAGGUGACGGGCAAAGACGAGGAGGGCUACCGCUUCCAGAGGCUGUCCAGUGUAUCCUACACCAACAUCGUUCCAGAUCCCCCAGUUGUUAGCAUGCCUGAUGUAGUGAAGGGCCUCUACAUGCAGCCCGCUGUGAUUGGCUGCUCGGUGCAGAGCGACAUUCCCUACAGGCUGCGAUUUACCAGGAAUGGGAUUACACUGGGAGACGAGAAGUUCUUUCAGAAUUCUGCCAUAGCAUCAUGGGAGAUUGCCCGUGCAUCAGCUGAGGAUGAAGGCCUGUACGAGUGCGUGGCGCAGAGCAGCGCCGGACAGGGACGCGCCUUAACACAGUUGACUGUUAGAGAGCCUUCUCCGGUCCUGAGGCCAGCCGUGAAUGUGAGUUCCCCCGCGGGAGGCGUGGCCGUGCUGUCCUGCCAGGUGGAAGGCUCCAUGCGCCACAACCUGACGUGGCACCGAGCGGGUCGCGCCAUCCGGGCACGAGCCGGGAGGGUGAAGCUGCUGCCCGACUCGUCCCUGCAGAUCAGCGGGGUGCAGACUCAGGACGCCGGGGAGUACCGCUGCGUGGCCGCCAACGACCACGGAGACGCCAGAAUCACCGUGUGGCUUCUCGUCCCAGAGCCUCCUUCUGUGGUAGUCCGGCCCCAGAGCCAGGCUUUCUCCCGAGGGGCCGAGAUUCGCCUCGUCUGCUCGGCGUCCGGCUCCCCCCCUCCCCAGCUCUUCUGGAGCCAUGGAAACAUGUUCCUCACUAAUCGGCCGAGGUUGAGUCUGCACCAAAACGGAGUUCUGACCAUAAGAGGGGCUCUCCCGGAGGAUGCUGGGAACUACACAUGUUUGGCAACCAAUGAUGCAGGGACGGCCUCCCAGUCUGUGUCGCUUACUUUUGCAGAGGUGCCCAGAAUAACCGUGGCAAAGCAGGUGGUGCUUGUUUCUGUUGGUGGUGAUGCAACUCUGGAGUGUCAAGCCACAGGCGUUCCCCCUCCUCUUGUGCACUGGUUCAAAGGUGAGCUCGAGGUGGGCUCCGCUCCUUUCGUCGAGCAGGACGUAUACCGCGGCACCCUGCACAUCCGAGGUGUGCAGGAGGUCGACGCCGGUCAGUACAACUGCGUGGCCAGCAGCCUUGCAGGAGUCUCGGCCGGCAGCGUCAGUCUGGAGGUCGGAGCGGGCCCUUUGUUCUCCGAGGCACCGGUUGACGUGACAGCUAACGUCGGGGAGAAUAUCACCCUGCCCUGCACUGCCCGAGGUUUCCCGCAACCGACAGUGACCUGGCACAGACAGGGCGGCAGGCAGAUUCUCACAAGGAGAGACAGCCACAGUAGAACAAUGCAGCUGGAGAACGGACAUCUUCUAAUCCAGAGUGUCUGGCUGGAUGAUGAAGGCCUGUAUUUCUGCGAGGCCAAGAACCAGUUUGGAACCGUCAAAACUGAAGCCAGAGUUAGUGUCACUGGACUCGAGCCUCCUCUCUUGGCUCAAGGUGCCCCAGUCAUCACCACUGGCAUCGGUCAGUCCCUGAGUAUUCCCUGCAUGCUGUUGGAUGGAAUACCUCUUCCGGACAGACACUGGUCCCAAAAUGGAAAACCUCUUCAGCUGAAUGGGAGGAUGUUCCUGAGGAGUGAUGGCAGUUUGUACAUCGAAAGAGCCGUCCCAGAGGAUGCUGGGACAUACGUGUGCACUGCGGUGAAUGUGGCGGGCUCUAUGAACAUCACAGUCAGCCUGGAGGUCCACGUGCCCCCCGAGAUCAACGCCGGCCCGUACCACUACAUAGCCAACGAGGGCGUAGCCAUCACGCUCGCGUGCGAGGCCAGCGGAGUACCAAAGCCAAAUGUUGUCUGGUCCAAGGGGAGGCAGCCUCUACCCAGGGACCGCUCCUCUCUUCAGUCUGACCCUGAUGGAUACCUCCACAUCCCCCAUCCCACCAGCGACGACGCAGGCAUCUACAUCUGCACCGCCACCAGUCCUGUGGGCUACGCCAGCCGAGAGAUCCAGCUCAGCAUCAACAGCAUGCCGAAGAUAAUGGGCGUGAGUGGCCACGACAACAUGGUGAAGAUGGCAGCAGAGGUGGGAACGGAGGUUGUCCUCCCAUGUGAAGCCCAAGGGAGUCCCUCUCCGCUGGUCACAUGGAGCAGAAACGGACACCCCAUCCCCCCCGUCACAGCUGGGUUCACUGUUUUGCCUUCAGGCUCUCUGAGGAUUACUGAUGUGCGCCUGAUUGAUAGUAAACUGUACACCUGCACGGCAGAAAACCCAGCAGGCAACGUGUCCCUAAGCUACAAUUUACACAUUCAAGCUAAACCAAGAAUUCAGCCAGCGCCGUCCCUCCUGAAAGCCCUGAUUGGACAAAGAGUGACUCUGCCAUGUGUGGUCCAGGGAGAACCAACCCCUGAGAUCAGUUGGUUUCACAAUGGACUUCCUGUUGGGGUCAAGAAUACUACACCCCUCAGGAUACAGCAGGUCAGCCUCGAUGACCAGGGCACUUACCGGUGUGUGGCCAGGAACAGCGCCGGAGAGGAGACCUUGGAGAUCAAGCUGGAAAUUCUUGCGGCCCCGUCCUUCGCAGAACCUGGGGAUGCCAUCAUGGAGAAAGUAGCAACCAGCAAGGUCAUGAUCCCGUGCCCCGCUGAAGGUUCACCUCGUCCCAAGGUACGCUGGUUCAAGAACGGCCUGGAGAUACACCCCGAACAAUCAGAGUUCUCUGUGACGAGGGACGGAGCGCUCGUAAUUAGCACGGCGUCUGCCAGCCACAGUGGGGACUUCAAGUGUGUGGCGACCAACGAGGCCGGCUCCGUGGAGAGGAAGACGAGGUUGAAAGUAAACGUUCCCCCAGAAAUCCAAGACGACGGCCAACCCUUGAACCUCACUGUCACCUUGAAGCAGCCUCUCACUCUGGGCUGCGACGCCUUUGGGAUCCCCUCCCCAACAAUCUCCUGGACUAAAGACGGCCAUUCUGUGGACAGUCCUGGGGUUUACCUGCAGAACGGGAACAGGCUGCUGAGGAUCUACAGAGUUCAGCCAGAACACGGGGGAAGAUUUUCCUGCACAGCCCAAAACUCAGCAGGAGAGGCCCGGAGGGAAUACAACAUUGUGGUGCAAGCUCCACCCGUGAUCUCUGGAGCAUCCCGACUGCAGGAGCUAACUGUGGUACUGGGCCAGGAGGUGGAGUUCCAGUGUCGGGUUAGCGGACGGCCGGCACCCAGAGUGGAAUGGAGCCGCGACGGAGAGGUUCUGUCCCGUGACGGGGACCCCCAUGUGGAGUUCCUGGAAGACGGCCAGGUGUUGAAGGUGAAGUCGGUGAGGCUGAGGGACCAGGGGCUUUACCAGUGUUUGGCCAGUAACAACGCGGGGACGCAGAUGCGCCAGUUCAGACUUACAGUGCAAGCUCCCCCAACCAUUAAGGGCCCCAAUGAGACCACCGAGGUGUCAGUGGUGCUGGGUUUCCCCACAGUCCUCCCCUGUGAUGUCGAGGGCUCACCAACUCCCAGUAUCACCUGGCUGAAGGACAACCAGCCCAUCGUGUCCAGUCCCCAGAUGACAUACACCCGUGGAGGGCAGGCGCUGCGACUGGGCUCAGUGCAAGGAGAUAGCACGGGUCUUUACACCUGCAAGGCCACUAAUCCAGCCGGCACCGCCAUCAAACAUUAUUCUCUGAGUGUUCUGGUCCCACCACAGAUCGAAGGCGACUCGACAUCCUUAACGUUUGGUGGUCAGGAAGAGAAAGUACGCAUCAAUGGGAGUUUAACGCUCUCCUGCCUGACCAAAGGUUUCCCUGAGCCAAAGGUUCACUGGUUCAAAGAUGGACAGUUGCUGAGUGGAAACGUCCAUGUCGGCAUUCAGGAGAGUGGCCCCGUCCUUCACAUUGAGAAUGCCAUGUUGUCCCAUGAGGGGCAGUACACGUGUGUGGUCACCAACUCUGCAGGAGAGGACAAGAGAGACUUCCACGUCAUCAUUCAGGUUCCGCCGGUCUUCCACCGGGUGUCCAACAGAGAAGCAGCCUGGGGUCUGGGCCACGAGGACGACGAUAACGAGGACAUGGUGGAGAAGCGGGAAGUGGUCCUGGGUCAUCCAAUCAGCCUGUCCUGUGAGAGUAAUGCCAUUCCUCCACCCAAACUCAGCUGGUACAAGGAUGGAAGAAAACUCACCUCUGCUGAUGGAGUGGUACUACUUCCAGGUGGACAGGUGCUGCAAAUCGCCCGAGUGCAGAGAGAAGAUGCUGGAAAGUACACGUGUCAGGCUGUUAAUGAGGCUGGAGAGGACCGCAUGCACUUUGAACUGGAGAUCCUCGUCCCUCCUGUCAUCAUGGGAGCAUCAGAAGAGUUCAUGGAGGAAAUGGGAGCGGUGGUCAACAGCACCGUGGUCCUCCACUGCGACGUGACCGGACACCCUGCUCCGGCCGUCUCCUGGCUCAAAGAUAGGCAACCGGUGCAGACAGACUCACAGCACCACAUCAGCGAGGAUGGGACUCAGCUCCAGCUCCUCAGUGUCCAGGUCUCAGACAUGGCUGGGUAUUUGUGUGUAGCUGAGAACAAGGUGGGAACAGUGGAGAAGCUCUUCAGUCUGACCGUGCAAGUGCCUCCUAAAAUAACUGGCAGUAAGGAGGAGGAGGUCAGUGUGAUCGAGGGCCUCAUGGUGUCACUGCUGUGUGACGUCCAGGCGUACCCUCCUCCAGAGAUCACCUGGACCAGGGACGGGCAGCUCCUCCACUUCAGCACCGGCAUCCACAUCCUGCCAGGAGGCCAGAUGCUGCAGUUGCCCCGGGCGAGACUGGAAGACGCGGGGCAAUAUGUGUGCACGGCCACCAACUCAGCAGGCCAGGACCAGAAGAGUAUUCUCCUCAGUGUUUAUGUCCUGCCCACCCUGAAGCCCCGUCUGGAUGCCGAGUCAGACUCGGUCACCCCGCAAGUCGGCUCCUCCGUCACCCUGAGGUGCGAAGCCCAUGGCGUUCCCGAGCCCGAGGUCACGUGGUACAAGAACGGGCUGCAACUGGCCGCGGGGAACGGACUGAAGAUGGAUCGUCACCAGCUGGAGAUCAUCGGAGUUCAGCUGGCAGAUGGUGGCACCUACACCUGCAAAGUCUCCAAUGUGGCUGGACAGGUGGACAGGACGUUCAGAGUGACAGUUCAUGUUCCACCUGUCCUGGACGGCUCGCUAAGGGAGUCUCUGAACUACACCCUUGGCUCCCAUGUGGCCCUUCUGUGUGAGGCCUCGGGGGUCCCUGUGCCUAGCAUCACCUGGCUCAAGGAUGGGACUCCUAUCGAGAGCAGUCUGCAGUGGCAGUGGUCCGUCCGAGGAAACAGGCUGGAGCUGGGGCCUCUCACUCUGUCUCACGCUGGAACUUACACCUGUGUGGCCAAGAACAGCGAGGGACGAACACAGAAAGACUACACACUCACGGUGCAGGUAUCGCCGACCAUCCUGGACUCUGAACAUCCGUCUGAUGUGAGCGCACCCGUUGGAGAGGAGCUGACCCUGGUGUGCAGAGCGACCGGGAUCCCCACGCCACGCCUCAGCUGGCUGAAAGACGGAGUGACUUUAGAGGGAUCAGACACCCGUCACAUUGCUGUGACCCCUGACGGCAGCACGCUAACGUUACUGAGGCUGAGCCCUGAGGAUUCUGGGACGUACACCUGCUCAGCUGCCAGCCCGGCCGGACAGGAGAGCAAAAUCUACACCCUCUUUGUGCUGGUCCCUCCAUCUAUCUCCGGUGAGACCAGCGUCCCCAGAGAGGUGCAGGUCACCCAGGACAGUGCUGUGACUCUGGAGUGUCAGGCGGCAGGAAACCCUCCUCCUCAGAUCAGCUGGCUGAAGAACGGACGACCUGUGCUCCUCUCUCCUCGUACACGGCUGCUGUCUGGCGACUCCGUGCUGAGGAUUUCUCCUGUGCAGCUGUCUGACUCUGGAGUUUACACGUGCGUGGCACGGAGUCGAGCUGGUCUCGCCGAGCUCAGCUAUGACGUCCAGGUCCAAGUCCCACCAGGUGUGGAUCACGUUGAGCCAGUGGAGCCAGUUACAAUAGUCCAGGGGUCUUUGGUGACGUUAACCUGUGAAGCGCGUGGCGUCCCCCCUCCAACACUGACUUGGAUAAAGGACGGCCAGCCGCUGUCCCUUCACCGCAACCUGCUGCUGGACGGACAGGAGACGCGGCUGCAGCUGCCUGACGUAGCGCCUUCGGACGCGGGCCUCUACAGCUGCGUGGCCAGUAACCAAGCCGGAAGCAGCACAAAGAGCUUCAACCUCACCGUGCUCGAGCCUCCAAAGAUAUCCACCUCCAGCUCUCCAGAGGAGCUGACCAUAGCAGUGAACAGUCCACUGGAGCUGGAGUGCUCCGCGGUGGGAGUCCCACCUCCCACCCUCAGCUGGCUCAAAGACGGCCGCCCCUUGGAAGGAAGUGACAUCGUCCAGCAGGAUGGACACUUUGUCAGGAUUAGCAAAGUUCAGGUGGAGGACGCAGGUCUGUACACCUGCUUGGCCAGCAGCCUCGCCGGAGAGGAUGGAAAGAACCACUGGAUCCGAGUCCAAGUCCCGCCGACCCUCCUCGGCUCCGACGACGUGAGGACAGUGACGGUGCCGGUUAACGGACAUCUGACCUUGGAGUGCCUCGCUGGCAGCGACCCGGCUCCUGAUAUAGAGUGGUACAAGGAUGAGGCCAAACUGCAGCUGGGUGGUCGUAUCCAGCGGCUGGCAGGGGGUCAGUACCUGGAGAUCCAGGAGGUCAGGCCCGAGGACAGCGGCCAGUACAGCUGUGUGGUCACCAACAUGGCCGGAAGCAACAGUCUGUUCUUCACCGUGGAGAUUCUCUUACCACCGGUGAUAAAGGAAGGCAGCUCAGUGGUGACCGCACAUAUCGGCCAGGAUGCAGUUUUACCUUGUGAGGUGGAAGACGACUCUUCCGCGACAGUCAUGUGGAGGAAAGACGGCUUCCCAAUAAGUCAAGAUAACAAUAAGUACACCAUGUUAUCAGAGGGCUCAUUGCAUGUACAUGGAGUUCAGUUGAGUGAUGCUGGUCGCUACUACUGCACGGUGUCUAACCAGGCUGGGUCAGAUCACAGAGGAGUGGAUCUACGGGUGUUUGUGGGUCCAUCCAUCAGUCCGGGUCCAUUCAAUGUGACGGUAACCACAGGGAUCCGAGCUGUGCUGAGCUGCGAGACCACCGGUAUACCCCCACCUAAAAUCUCCUGGAAGAGGAACGGCACUCCGCUCGAUAUCAGCCAGCAGCCGGGUGCCUACAGGUUACUGUCCUCUGGGUCGCUGGUUCUUUUGUCACCGUCCAAUGAGGACGAAGGUUACUUCGAGUGCACGGCAGUCAAUGAUGUCGGGGAGGAGCGCAGGGUCAUCGAGGUCAUCCUGCAAGUCCCGCCGUCUAUUGAAGACGAUGUCACGACGGUCACGGCGGUGAAAAUGUCUCCUGUGGUGUUGCCUUGUCACGUACAAGGGCGCCCGCAGCCCGCUGUCACCUGGACCAAGAGUGGAGCUAAACUGGGCUCCAGAGGGGGAAGUUACCGUGUCCUUCCCACCGGAGUGUUGGAGAUAACCGCUGCUGCGCCGAGCCACGCGGGCAGGUACACAUGCUCGGCCCGCAACCCAGCCGGAGUGGCUCACAAACACAUCUCUCUCACCGUGCAAGAGCCCCCAGAGAUCAGGCCGAUGGCAGAGGAAGUGCAAGUGGUGUUGCAUCACGGGACGAUUCUGCCCUGUGAGGUUCAGGGAUUCCCACGACCGUCCAUCACCUGGCAAAGAGAGGGAGUUCCCAUAGCAGGAGGUCACAGGCUCGCCGUGCUCUCAAACGGAGCUCUGAAGUUUUCUCGUGUCACGCUCGGCGACGCGGGGACCUACCAGUGCCUGGCAAAGAAUGACGCUGGCGUAGCUGUGGGCAGGACCAAACUAGUCCUUCAAGUUCCUCCCGUGCUGAGCGUGCCGGGCGUGGAGUACACUGCAGUGCUCGGCCGGCCGGUCAGCCUGGAGUGUGUGGCCGACGGGCAGCCUCAACCUGAAGUGACCUGGCAUAAGGAGAGGAGGCCUGUGGUCGACGGUGCUCACAUACGCGUCUUUGCCAAUGGAACCUUGGCGAUUACUUCCACGCAGCGCAGUGAUGCGGGGCUGUACACGUGUACUGCCAAGAACCUCGCCGGCAGAGCCAGCCACGACAUGAGGCUGGUUAUUCAAGUCCCACCCAUGAUUACUCCUGCGCAGACAGAACUGUCGGUCAUUCAAGGAUUUCAGGCGCUGCUGCCCUGUGCUGCUCAGGGUUCACCAGAGCCCAGGGUAUCAUGGGAGAAGGACGGCGCCCUCGUGCCAAACCGUCCAGGCAAAUUCACCGCCCUGCGAUCAGGAGAGCUGAUUAUCGAGAGAGCAGAGCCAGGAGAUGCCGGUGUGUUCACGUGCGUGGCUACGAAUGCAGCAGGCUCUGUGAGACAAGACGUCCGCCUGUCCAUCAACAUGAGGCCUGCCUUCAAGGAGCUGCCAGGCGACGUAACCCUGAACAAAGGGCAGAGUCUGGCCUUGUCCUGCCACGCUCAGGGAACACCUUCUCCCGUCAUCUCCUGGACCUUCAACAACAGUCCUUACCCAGGUGCCACUGUAGAUGAGGCCAGCAGAAGCUCCGUGAUCAUCGAGAAUGUGACCACGAGUGACGCCGGGACCUACGUGUGCAUCGCAGAAAACAGCGUGGGCUCCAUCCGAGCGCUCUCGUUCGUCCGCAUCAGAGAGCCUCCAGUGUUGAAGGGUGAGGCCCACAUGUCUCAGACAGUCACCCAGGGCGGCUCCGCCGUGCUCGACUGCCCGAUCCACGGAGAUCCCAGCCCAGUCCUCCGCUGGCUCCGGGAUGGAAAACCAUUGAUCCGCUCCCUCCGAAUGCAAGCGCUUCACAACGGCUCCUUGGUCAUUUACAGCAUUACGGCUGCAGAUGAAGGCGAGUACCAGUGUGUGGCUGAGAGCGAAGCUGGAACAGCUGAGAGGACGAUUACGCUCAAGGUUCAGAUCAACGGAGGCUACUCUAACUGGGAGGAAUGGGGUCCGUGUAGUAGCACCUGUGGACAAGGCUUCCAAGAACGAAUCAGAUUAUGCAACAACCCCAAACCGGCCAAUGGCGGCAGAUCGUGCAGCGGUCCCAGCAUCGACUCCAGGAAAUGUCAAGCCGGUCUCUGUCCAGGAGAGACUCCUCGCAAGACCAGAGGCAGUCUGAUCGGCAUGGUGAACGAGAGGGAGUUUGGCGUGUCCUACCUGGAGGCCAACAUCACAGACAACGAAGAAGAAGAGAGCAGCACUCUGCAGGCUCGCCUGGACAACAUCCCCCCCAGUGUGGGUCCUCUGCUGCGGGUGCUCGUGUCUGUUUUCGCUCCCAUCUACUGGACCACUGUGCUGCAGAGCGGAGCAGCCAGAAACGGCUACUCCCUGACCCAGGGCCAGUUCAGACAGGAGUCACAGCUGGAGUUUGAGACCGGCGAGGUCCUUCGUUUGACCCACGUUGCCAGAGGCCUGGACUCUGAGGGAGUUUUACUAAUUGACAUCGUCAUUAACGGAUUCGUGCCUCCUUCGCUGUCAUCGUCUCAUCUGAGCCUUCAGGAGUUUGACGAGUCUUACGUGCAGACGGGUCAAGGCCAGCUGUACUCGUGGUCGUCGCAGACCCACCAGAGAGGAGGGAACCCCAUGGUGCUGCGCUGUAAUCACACCAUUAUUUACGAGGGCCAGGAGGAGCGCCAGGGCCCGCUGCUGCAGCUGCUCAAGGUCUCCGGGAUGAACAGCGUCUACAACAUGUUUACUCUCUCCUUGGACUUCCAUAUCACUGCCAGCCUCAUCAUACCAGACGGUUACGAAGAGACAUGCCCGAAAGGUUUUGCUCUUGACACGGCCUCCUACUGCGCUGAUGAAGACGAGUGUGUGCUGCAGUCUCCCUGCUCUCAUUCCUGUAACAACAUCAUGGGAGGCUUUUCCUGCGCCUGUCCCUCCGGCUUCACCAUCUCUACAGAGACCAACGCAUGCCAAGAUAUAGAUGAGUGUGCCCAGGGCUCGCACAUGUGCCACUACAACCAGCAGUGUGUCAACACAGUGGGCACAUAUCGCUGCCAGGCUAAGUGUGGACCAGGAUUUAAGCCCAGCAUCACAGGAACCAGCUGCGAAGAUGUGGACGAGUGCCAAGAGUCUACUUUCUCCCCGUGUCAGCAUCAGUGUCUCAAUACUCUGGGCUCCUUCCGCUGUAUCUGCCACCCCGGGUACCAGCUGUCAGGACACCGCUGCAUCGACAUCAAUGAGUGCAUGAGAAAUGUGUGUCCGGCUCACAAGGAGUGCCGUAACACAGAGGGAGGAUACCAGUGUUUCGACAGCUGCUCAGCUGGCAUGACCAAAGCGGAGAACGGAGCCUGCGUGGACAUUGAUGAGUGCAAGGAUGGAAGCCACAUGUGUCGCUACACUCAGAUCUGUCAGAACACGGUUGGAGGUUACGGUUGCGUGUGUCCCAGAGGUUACAGAUCCCAGGGAGUAGGCCUCCCAUGUCUGGACAUCGACGAGUGUGUGCAGACGCCGAACCCUUGUGCCUACCAGUGCCGCAACGUGCCCGGCAGCUUUAGGUGCCUGUGUCCUCCUGGUACCGUGCUGCUUGGAGACGGGCGCUCCUGUGCGGGGCUGGAGAGAGGGCAGACGUUCACCAAUGGCACCAGAGUCCGGGCGAGACUUCGCCCACAGCUGGUGUCGUCUCUCGGCAGGCCGAUCCUGUCUCGUACUCACGGGGUAUCUCGCAUAACCAGGCAGAGCUGUCCCGUGGGCUACACAAACAGAGACGGCACGUGUGUGGAUGUGGACGAGUGUCUGCUCAGGAAGCCGUGUCAACACGAGUGCCGAAACACCAUCGGCAGUUUCCAGUGCCUGUGUCCCACCGGUUACAAACUCUUACCCAACGGCAGGAGCUGUAAAGACAUCGAUGAAUGUGUAGAACAAGGCAUCAAAUGUGGACACAAUCAGAUGUGUUUCAACACCCGAGGGGGAUACCAGUGUCUGGAUACACCCUGCCCUGCGUCCUAUCAGAGCGGAAGAAGCCCCGGGACGUGCUACAGGCCCUGCUCUCUGGACUGCGCCGCCGGAGGCUCCCCUCUGAUCCUGCAGUACAAGCUGCUCACCCUCCCCUCUGGCAUUCCAGCCAAUCACAACGUGGUACGGCUGUCGGCUUUCUCGGAGUCGGGCGUCCUGCAAGAGCGCACGUCCUUCACCGUACUCGAGCAAGAAUCGGAGACGGGCGCGAUGGGUCGCGUGUUCGGCAUCAGGGACGAGGCGGGCAGGGGGAUCAUCUUCACCCUUCGGCCUCUGGACAGACCGGGACUAGUUCGCCUCAAGGUGCAGGCCACCACCAUCUCGCCGCAGGGCCGCAUCACUUACCAGAGCAUCUUCAUCAUCUACAUCUCAAUCUCGACAUACCCGUACUGAGCCUGUGUGCUGCUUUACAGAUGACUCUCAGUGGCCUCUUAACCCACAAGGCAAUUCCCCAAAAGACUCUGUGCCUCGGACACAUUAGGGCCAUGCAAAGACACUCUAACAUACAAGACAAGGUGGACGCGGUUAGUAAGCGGAUUUCAUGAAGAUGUGUAAACCCCCCAGUCGUGAGUGAAAAAGAUUUUUGGUAACGUUAACGUUCCUUCUAAUGUUAAUUAUUAGAAGAGGUGACAAACAUGCACAGUAUUCACACGUCCUAUGAGUGCAUCUUUGUGAUCAAUAUCCGAAAAUGCAGAAUGUAAAAGUGUAACAACAACCAAGCACUGAAGUUAUUUCGUGUCCGUAAGGAACUGCCAGAUUGUUUCAUGUUUUUUUUUUCUAUCUAUCGUUUUGUAUGUUAGUUCCAAUCACACGUUUGCAGCCUGCACUUGGAAAUACAACAGUUCUGACAUUGUACAAUGUUUUCCCCUAUUAUUUUAAUUUAUUGAAGUCACUUGAACGCAUCACUGGUUCAAACACAACCUCCCAGAAGGAUCUACUAGCAUUGUAAUGACGAACCUUUGAACGGCACAUUGUAACGGUGGCUUGUAGCGACAGCGUUUCAUCUAUCGUAUGUGUUUUUUGUACUCUUUUAUAACUUUUUUUUUUUUUUUUUAAUCGCGUGAGAACGUUUAAAGGUGCUUUUCUGAAUGUACUCGAGUGUUUUGAGCUGACUUCAGUGUUGGUGUCAGAAGGAAAACAAGCCGGUAUUAAAGGUCCAGUGUGUAGGAUUUAGUGGCACCUAGUGGCGGACUCCGGUCCCUCUGUAGAUCUAAGCGGUUCAUUCGCAGGUAACGAAAACACGACGGUUUCUAUUUGCAGGUGAUUAUAAACAAAUAACAACACACUACAUAAAUCUGGACACACACUGGACCUUUAAAUGCCGCAGGGUCGGACUGCACUUACAGGUUCUGCAGUACAGCAUUAGCUACGAAAUGGCACGACUUUCCUGCAUUCAUGGUGCUACAACAACAUGUUAGUGCUCUCGUGUUCAGUAAUCAAACCUGUUCCUUCAGUGUGCAAGCCUGAGAAGGGAACGUAUCUGAAACCCAUUAAACGCCCGCAGGUCAAACAAAUAUUUUCAUGUUGCUGUAAAAUAAAUCAAAUCUUUGUAGAAAUAAAAUGGACUACACAUUGUCUCUGUCA